CGGUCAGUCUAUUGAACAGACGCAAUGGAAACCGCAGGACACACGGGACUUCUAUACAGUCAGACGUCACAGAGGCUUCCCCAGCUAAUCGCCUCUGCGCCCCCACGUGAUUUCGUACGUCACUGGCGUCAUGACGCGCCGUUGGAGGCCUUGGCUGACGUCACCUCCCCCCCAUGGGAAGCCCCGCGAGCCCCCAUUGACGGCCUUCAGCGCGCCUUUUAACCUCUUCGCCCCCAGAUGGCGCCGCCCGAUGGCUCCAAGCUGGACGGCUUCGCUCGCUUCAGCUCGUGAGGCGGCGGAAGCAGCAGGGACUUGCAAUGAGGUGUUAGAACCUGGUUUCGCUUCAUCCAAGUGACUUGACCUAAAUGGCGCAGCAUGACUUCGCUCCAGCCUGGCUUAGUUUCCCCACACCGCCAUCGUCCUCAAAGACCACUCUGACCACCGAGAAGCAUUCUGAAGGUCUGGUGCGCCUGGACAGCCGACACAACGCGAUCCGGAGACGUCACAAUUCUUCCGACGCCUUUGAUGCCGCUCACGGACGCUCCAGUGGAGGUAAUUUGGGGAGAAAAGAGAAAGCUGGCUGGCGCUCACAAGGCAGGAAUGGAUCGGAGAAUAUAAAUCAGGGCGGUACGCAGAACGGCACGGGCACCCGCUCUCGUAGCGGCACGGUUCAUGGUGGGAAAAGCCCCGGGCAUCGUGAGGGGAGUGCGUCGGAGAACGAUGCAAUGCGAAAAGAUGACCCCGACAGACGCAAGCAAUUCGAAGCUGAAGACUUUCCUUCUUUGAACCCAGAGCAUGAAAAAGAGUUCAACCAAAACAAGUCUGUAGCUGCAGGCGUUUGGGAAUAUCCUUUGAACAGUAGAUCCAGACCUUCUCGAAUGCUGGUCAUUAAGAAAGGGAUGAAGGAUGACUUCUCACUGUCUGGAUAUCCCAUUGCAACAAGUUCUCACUCUUCUGACGUGAAGAAUGAAGGCGAUGCUCCCAAGAGCCAAGCACCCAAAGAAAACAGCCCCACUCAGGAACAGCGUUGUCUGGAGGUGGAUGAACACGAGCAGCAAAAUCUGGAUUCUUCUAAUGAGAUCUUCAGACCAAAUCAGUGUGCACAUCCUGACUCUCCGGACAUGUCUCAGACGUCAGUGGAGGAGGAUGUGGAUGAUUGCAGUCUGCAGAACAGAGGAGGCACUCUGCAUCAACCGGAUAUCAAUCUAAACUUUGAUAAGGGUGAAAUCCCCCAAGGAAAUGGAAACCACCCAUUCACUUCCAGGCAAAUCACGCGCUCUUCUACCUUUCCUCAGGAGAAUGUUCUGUCGAGUUCACUGGAAGCAGAGCACAGGUUGUUGAAGGAGAUGGGCUGGCAGGAGGACAUUGAGAACGAUGAGACGUAUGCACCGCUCACAGAGGACGAAAUGAGGGAGUUCCAAGCCAUUAGUGAACAGCUGCAGAAGAAUGGGCUCAGGAAGAACGGACUCCUGAGAAAUGGCCUUUCUUUAGCGUUCAGGUUCGAUCCUUGGAAGCGCAGCACUUUCAGUACUACAUAUGUGGACGACGAUACAGAGACCAGCAGCAGCAGCGACACAUCAGAUGACGGCGACUACUUGUGAGGUCACGAAUAAACCUGCUGUUCGAAGGGUUAAUGAUGUCCCGUAGCUGGAGACUCUUCUGCCGUUCUUUGGCCGAGGACACUGUAGACUUGAAGACUUUGAUCUGUUCAUUGAUUCUUUCCUGGCUCUGGACGGCGGUGGCAGAGUAGAGAGGAGACCAUUAUUGGUUACCGCAAACCCAUUUUGCCAAGGUUUCUGUUCAGCUGUUUCCAAAAAAAAAGAAAAACAAAAAAAGCACUUUACUCCCUUUUCCUCCACCGCAGCCUCGCACCAC